CAUUCUGUCACUGUUGCCAAGGAAGAAAGAAGAGACAGAGACUCCGGUGCUCCGAUGUUGAAGCACAACUGGGUAGCUUUCUUUGUGGUGGUUUUAUGGGGUUUCAGAUUCAAAGCUAUAGAUGCCAGUGCUGGUGAUGCUGAUCCUCACUACAGGGCUUGCUUACAACAAUGUGAAGAAACUGGAUGUGUAGCGCAGAGAUGCUUCCCACCUUGCAAUUUUUCUUCAGGCGGGGCCUCCGUUGAUGGACCAUGGUUCCUGCAAGAACCUCUUUAUUUGCAGUGGAAACAAUGGGACUGUCAGGGUGAUUGCCGUUAUUAUUGUAUGGUUGACAGAGAAAAGGAAAGAGAAGCAGCUGGUUAUGGCCCGGUCAAAUAUCAUGGUAAAUGGCCCUUCAAGCGUGUUUAUGGAAUCCAGGAGCCUGCCUCUGUAGCUUUCUCUGCACUCAACCUUGCUCUGCAUUUUCAUGGUUGGGUAUCAUUAAUCAUCGUAUUAUUCUAUAAAUUACCAUUGAGACGAGAUAAGAAGGCGUACUAUGACUAUGCCUGUUUGUGGCACAUAUAUGGUUUCUUGGCCUUGAACAGCUGGUUCUGGAGUGCUGUUUUCCAUAGUAGAGACGUGGAUUUGACAGAGAAAUUAGACUACUCAGCUGCAGUGGCAUUACUUGGGUACUCGCUCAUUCUUUCCAUACUCAGAAGUUUCGAAGUAAGGCAUGAUGCUGUCAGAGUUAUGGUUGCUGCUCCACUGAUUGCUUUUGUAACUACGCACAUAUUGUAUCUCAACUUCUAUAAACUGGAUUAUGGUUGGAACAUGAAAGUUUGUGUUGUCAUGGCUGUGGCCCAACUUCUUAUUUGGGCGGUUUGGGCUGGUGUUAGUCACCAUCCAUCUCGUUGGAAAUUGUGGUUGGUAGUAGUUGGAGGUGGACUUGCAAUGCUACUAGAAAUCUAUGAUUUCCCACCGUAUGAAGGUUUUCUGGAUGCUCAUGCGGUCUGGCAUGCCACCACCAUCCCCCUAACUUACAUUUGGUGGAGUUUCAUCAGAGACGAUGCUGAGUUCGUAACCUCGAAACAAGUAAAGAAGUUGGCAAAGAAGACAAAAUAGAGUUAUCUCGAGCUGUUACACACUUGCACCAUGUUAAUGGUUGUGCACUUUGCCCUUGGCUCUGUCAAUGUAUGCUAAAGGAUGCGGUUUCCCCCUUUGUUUCUUCUAAUAUGUAUCUUAAAAAGAAGCAGUUGCUAUAUGAUACUGAUCGCAGUUGUAUUCAGAGAUACCAUAGAAUUGUUUUUCUUUUGGUAGUAAUCUUGGUUGCGAGACUAUCAGAAAGACUUGCUUUCAGUAAGUUUUCACUUCUAUUUUAUUUUCUUGGUUAAGCAGCAAUGGCAACUGCCCAAUGGCCAAUACAUAAAAACUUUUGUUGGGGUCAAGUAAAGCAGGCAUAUAAAAACAGCUUGCUAUUGUAAUAGAAGUGACUUGCUAAGGCGCACAAAUCUAGAGACGAGCAUUUGUA